AUGGCUCUUCCUUUGCUCUCCUACUGGCUGUUACUUGUCAGUAUUUACAAUUACAUCGGUGCAGCUGUUUUAACUUAUAAACCUGAAUUAUUAGAACAUUUGUUUGUUGGUAGUGCAACUGUACUGGUCAAUGAUGGUAUAACAGCACUCAUUUUACGACGUGUGAUUGUUUGGUGGACAUUAACUUUUGCUGUAUUGCGUACAUUAACUGCUUUUUCUUUACAUAAUCGUGCACUACCUCCACUCAUCUCAAGUGUCGAUCCAAAGAAAGUAGAACGUUUAGCAAAAAUUAUGAAAAUUAGAGCGGACGCAGAGAAUGAACUGAAAGAACGAGUUUUGGAAAACCCAUUCAACUCUCGUUGUAAAUGGGACAAGCUUGAAGACACGCAAAUUGCUUUCCCAAAAAUGACAGAAGAACAGCUGAGAGAUUUGUGUUUCGGAACUUAUCAAAUUAAACAGGCUCGACGAUAUACUGAAGCACAUUUGAACAAAAAUGACGGGGAUUAUGAAGUACAAGUGACAAAACACAGCGACACAAUUCUUAGAUGUAAAAUUGACUCUCGACACUCCAGUCACUGGAGUUCUACUCAGUAUUACUGUUGGAUCGAAUAUAAACUGGGUGAUGAUGACGAAGAAGAAAGUAGUUCAGAAAGUGACGAUUCGUCUGAUGAGGACGACGAUGAUGAUGAAUAUACAUUAGUGACUCGGUUUUAUGAAAAACUACCAAUUAAAUCAUGGUACUGUCAAUGUCCGACCGGUGAAAGGAGCUGUGGGUGUUGUGCUCACAUAGCUUGUGUGCUGUGGUAUCUCUGUUAUGAAAGACAUCAUCAGUUUACGCCGUCGAAAUACACAGAACGUUAUCGUCAAACGCUAGAUAACAUGGAAACUAACUGA